AUGAAAUUUCGUCCCGUUUUGAGUUUUUCAGAGGAAGAUAAGAUCGGGACCAUUCAGCCCCAUGAUGAUGCACUGCUAAUCACCCUUAGAAUCGGGGACUACGAUGUGAAAAGAGUAAUGGUAGAUGGCGGCAGCGCAGCCGAGGUUAUGUACCCCGACCUCUACAAGGGGCUGGGGUUAAAACCAGAAGAUCUGAUGCCCUACAAUUCCCCUCUGAUGAGCUUCGACGGGAAGCUUGUCAUCCCAAUGGGCAUGAUUAGGUUGCCUAUUCAGACCAGCCCAGAGAUAGUGGAGGUGAACGUCAUCGUGGUGGACACUUACUCCCCCUAUACGGCCAUCGUCGGCAGACCCUGGCUCCACACCUUAGGAGCUGUUGCUUCAUCAUUGCACCAGAAGGUGAAAUUCCCAUCAGGAAACCAAGUUUUUGAAAUCUGCGGUUGCCAACCCACGGCGAGGCAGUGCGUAGUAGCAGUCGUCUCACAUCGGCUCGAUGUGGAAUCCUCAGCCACCGCUGAGAAAAACUUAUAG